AUGGAUGAAGAAAGUGAGCCACAAACCCUCAUAUGUGUACCGGGUCAAGUGUUGUGUGCAGCGUCCGAAUUCACGGUAGCCGGUGAGGGAACGUAUGAAAAGCUUGGCUACAUCCAUUCUACGCUUGCCGGCAUAGUGCAGAUGAAGAAGCGCGAGAAAAACACCUACAUAUCCGUGGUAUCGUUCGGUGGUGGUGCAACAGUUCCAAUCAUAGGCGACAUCGUAACGGCACGGAUCACAGCCGUACAGCACCGGAUGGCUAAAUGCCGUAUACUGUGCAUUGGAAAGGCCGCCCUAAAUCGCACGCUCCGAGGCAUCAUUCGCAAAGAGGACGUUCGUGCGACGGAGGUAGAUCGCGUUGAAAUGCACAAAUGUUUCCGACCGGGUGAUAUAGUGCUGGCACGGGUGCUGCAUCAAAUCGAGCUGAAUGUGUUUCAUCUUUCCACUGCGGAUAAUGAACUGGGCGUUGUGGUGGCCUUAUCGCCCAGCUCGCGAGCUAUCUGGGGAGCGGAGACAAUCCCGAUGGUACCGAUCAGCUGGACGGAGGUGCAGUGUCCCGAAACGCUAGUAAAGGAAUCGCGCAAAGUGGCCAAGGUGGUACCGGAGAAAGGGGAAUCGUUGAAGAAAAAUCUAGCUUUGUUUUGA